AAACCAUAGAAACGACACGGAAGUUUGUUGCUCCAGUGUGUUUCAGGCAACCGUCCGUAAAUACGAAGAACAUUUUAUCCUUAUAUGUUUAGCUCAAACUAUAUCGUAUUUGACCGUCUACACGGAGGAAAUCUGACGGAGUUUCAGCUGCAGUAUUUCGUGACGGAAAAUGUUCAAGGCAAAAAUACUCAUUAUCGGUCCAAAAGAGAGUGGGAAAACCACUUUGGCAAAUUUUCUUUCCAACACAACAGAAAACCUUUACGGCGAGUACAGACCCACUCAGGGAGUCAGGAUACUGGAAUUUGAAUCCCAGCUGGAAAGCCGUGGUGACAAAACAUGUGAGGUUGAACUCUGGGACUGUUCAGGGGAUUUCAGGUUUGAGUCGUGCUGGCCUGCACUCAUGAAAGACUGCAGCGGUGUGGUGAUCACCUUCAAUCCUGACGUUCCAUCUCAUCUCAAAGAAAUCGAGACUUGGCACUCAGUGUUCGUCUCCUCCCAGGGUUUGCAGGACGCUCAGAGUUUACUCAUAGCACACCAUAAGCCGGGCAGUGAAGCAGAAAAGGGACGGCUGCCUUUAGCAUCAAAUCUGGGAAAACUGCAGCUGAUUCACUCCAACCUAGAAGAGGAACCAGAAGAUGUGAGGGCGGCUUUCUGCAGAUACCUGGGAGAUGUUGUGAGGGCAAUAUCGGAAAGUCGGGAACGCGAGGAGAUGUCCAUCAUUUCAUAGCAGAAACAUUAAACAACAUGACGUAUUUUAAAAA